AUGCGUUCAUGGCUACUGCUGGCGGCCUUCCGCGAGGCAGUCAGCGAUGACGCAGCAGCCUCUGGGGCAGCCUCAUACUGGCGGGGCGGCCGGGUGCAGGCAGCAGAGGAACCCAACUCCCCUGCACCGAUCAUUGAAAUCGAAGAUGGUCAAUUGCAAAUAGACUAUCAAGGCGAUGCUCCUGCUCAAGAGUGUUUGGAGUACUACCUUGACAAGCUGAAGGUCGAGGAGAUGCAGAACCAGGUACUCCACGAGAAGCUGGCCACAUCCACCCGCCAAAGAAGCGGAUCGGUUCGUCCUCGUGGAGUUCUCGUCUUCCUUUUGAUGGAGAACGCGGAUAAGGUGUUGCACAAAGACCUGGCCUUGUCCCUGAGAUGCUUGGCGCGCUUCUUCUGGCGCUAUCCGGUUGUCAUCUUCCACACCAACAGCACGACGGCCUCGGAAUUGGAUUGGAUGCGCUCCGUCAUUCCGGGUCACUUGCAUGUGGACUUCGAAGAGGUGUCUUUGGGUUUUCCUGCAUCGCUCACUGACUUUCCGGGCGGGCCCGACGCUUUUCUACGCCCGCCGUCCUGCAUGCUUGACGGGCAGCACCAGUGGGGCCUACAGCGCAGCUGUGGCUGCCGCUGCCCAGCUUGGCGACCGCAGUGCUGGCCGCUGAACUGGAUGCAUGCCACGCACUUCUUCACCGCUGGAAUGUUCCGAACGAAGACGUUUCAAGAUGGCGGCUAUCAUUACUUCUUGCGACUUGACAUUGACCUUUUCUUCGUGGAAGCGCCUGUGCUAGAUCCGUUCCAGCACAUGGCAGACCAUGGUUGCGUUAUGGUCUAUGAUCGGCUCUCCCGUGAAGCUCCCGGCUGCUUUGAUGACUUCAACCAUCGCUGUCAGGAGUUCUUGGACAUGAUUGAAUACGAUGGCCAACCCGAUGGAGACAUUCUGCAAGUAG